UUAAUAAUUUACUAUAGGUACCUAAGACGGUAUGAUAAUAAUAUUAUAUAGUAUUAAUUAUUAUGUAUAAUAAAUGAAGGUUUAACUGAUGAUUACUAUCUACUGAUCGAGUACCGUUCGACCCGAACAGUCGAGUCAGUUCGUUUUUGUCGUUUUCGUUCGAUCUGACACCGCGAACGUGGGAAGACAAUAAAUAUAACGUACGAUUACGUACAAGUUAUCGAUAGCUAUUAUUAUAGCCGACAGGUGCUUAUAUAAAAUACGGUUUUAAACGAAUUAUCUAUUUUUUCGAGACAAUUUUUAAUUUUAGUUAGUAUGUAACCGAAUUUGUCUUCGGUGCCGUUGUUUUUUUGUUCUCUAUAUACGAUAUAAUAUAAUAUAUUCUAUUUUAUUAUAAUAUAAUAUUAUUAAUAUUACAUUGGAGUAAAUCGGUUACGACGAAUAAUGACCGCCGCGGCCAAGACCAGCAUCAUGGACGCCGUCAACAAGGGUGUACAUCUGUCCGGUGCCGUGCUCUUCACUUACUCACUGUACUAUUAUUACACAUACGUCAACAUACCGGCCCGUCUCAACCCCUUGGAUGAGGCUUUUGGUGGAAAAUUCAAAUAUCUAACCUUCUGCAAUAUGGUCAUCCAAACAGUUUUCUACCUAUACGCGGUGUUCAUAGAUCACAUUGCCGUGCGUACUUGCUCAGCUGUCAUAUCAGAGUCGCUUGAAAGAAGCAAACACAAUUUUUUCACAAUGUUUGCGUUCCCGCUGUCAAUGUUUAUUGCCGUAAGCUUUUGGCCAAUGUGGUUUGCUGACAAAUCUUUAGUUAUGCCAUUGCACUAUGAUCUAUACUUUCCGUCUUGGCUGAAUCAUGUUACACAUGCGCAUAUUUUUAUAUUUGCAAUAUUAGAAAUGAUUACAACUUACCGAGAAUAUCCGUCCAGAAUUACAGGGUUAUCUGUUUUUAUUACUUUUAAAGUUUGCUAUUUGAUUUGGAUUAACUUUGUAUUUUACAAAAGUGGCAUGUGGGUUUACCCUAUUCUUGCGAAACUCAACUUACCAUUGAGAGUGAUGUUCUUCACCGGAACAUUUUUAUACGCUCCAUUUACUUAUCUAGUCGGUGAAUACUUUAAUAAUACCUACUGGGGCAUUCGUCCUUCAAAUAAAUCAAACACAACGAAGAAAGAAUAAAACGAAUACAAUAUUAAUAAUAUGAUGGCAUUGUACCCAAUAUCGUACGUUUAAUGUUGGACCUGCAGAACGUCUAGAUUUCUAGGUACGCAUACUGUAUGCGUUUAUAAUUUUGAAUUGUAAAAAAUAUAUCAAAAUAUGAUCUUUUAGUACCUAUAGGUGUCUAUAAAUUAUAAUUUUAUAUGUAUAUAAAUAUUAAAUAUAUAGUACAUAAAACAAGAACAUAAUAUACUAUAUCAAAAUAUAACGUGUUACAGAGAUAUUAA